AAAAAAGUGAAUUAGAAACCCCAUGACAUGCAUGCAUGUGUGUGUCAAGAGCUGGUUCGACCACUACCUCCAGUGGAACCAGAGCGAGCAUCCCGGAGUUAAAAACCUUCGCUUCACCACCGACCAAAUUUGGACGCCAGAUAUUUUGCUGUACAACAGCGCCGACGACGACUUUGACUCCACCUUUAAGACCAACGUUCUGGUCAACUCCAGCGGCUAUGCUGAAUAUUUGCCUCCGGGCAUCUUCAUGAGCACGUGCAACGUGGAUGUGCGCUGGUUCCCUUUCGACGUCCAGAAGUGCGUCCUCAAGUUCGGCUCGUGGACGUACGACGGCUGGCUGCUGGACCUGCAGAUGAACGAGGCCGACAUCUCGGGCUACAUGCCCAACGGCGAGUGGGACCUCAUAGGGGUGCCCGGCGCCCGGAACGAGGUUUUCUACGAUUGCUGUAAGGAGCCGUACCCGGACGUGACCUUCAUGGUGACCAUACGGCGAAGGACGCUCUACUACGCCCUCAACCUGCUCAUCCCCUGCAUGCUGAUGUCCUCCAUGACGCUUCUCAUCUUUGUGCUGCCCGCAGACUCCGGAGAGAAGAUCUCGCUGGGCAUCACCGUCUUGCUGUCACUGACCGUCUUCAUGUUGCUGGUGGCCGAGAUCAUGCCGGCCACGUCCGACUCGGUGCCGCUCAUAGGUCAGUACUUUGCCAGCAUAAUGAUCAUCGUGGGUAUGUCCGUCAUCGCCACCGUGGUGGUCCUACAGUACCACCACCACGAUCCCAACGGAGGGAACAUGCCCAAAUGGGUGAAGCUGGUCCUUCUCCAAUGGGUGGCAUGGUUCCUGCGGAUGAAGCGGCCCGGUGAGGCAGAAAAGCCCCGGCGGCCCCCUUGCGCCCCCCACCUACGCCGCUGCUCCUCUGGCUCCCACAGCGGGAGCAUCCCCAACCACGGCGACCCAACCCCGCACCCACUGCAGCCGCAGAAUCUGGCCCCUCUCCACCAAGCCCACCUCCACGUGCAAUCCAGCGCCAACAACGGGAAUCUGCUCUACUUCCAGGGGACGGAGGAGCCCACGUUGUUGUGUGACGCCGCCCAGAGGUGCAGUAGCAUCCCCGUGGGGCCCCGCAGCCCACCCCCGCACCUGCCUCCUCACCUCUGCGGAUCCCCGCCGCCUCCCACCCCCAACCUGGACGGGGUCGGGUGCCCCAGCACCGUCUCCGGCGGCGGUGGCGGCUUUGGAGUCGGCAUGGCCGGCGGACCGUGCCAGGCCCCGGGCCACGGGGACCCGCUGCUUCAGGCCAUCCUGGAGGAGGUACGCUACAUGGCGGAUCGGUUCCGCCAGCAGGACCAGGCGGAGUGCGUGGCCGACCAAUGGAAGUUUGCAGGCGCGGUCAUCGACCGCCUGUGCCUGGUUGCCUUCAGCGUCUUCAACAUCAUCUGCACCAUCUCCAUCCUCCUGUCGGCGCCCAACUUUGCCGAUGCCGUUUCCAAGGACUUUGUGUGAAAAGCCGCGAGGGGGAGCGAACCGGAUGAUGGGGGAGUUAAGGUAUCAAGCGGGCUCGGAUCCAGUGGGACUCCACAUUCUCCGGUGGGCUCAAGAGUGGGACACAAAGGAAAAUAUGUGCAUUUCUUUGCACUGGACUGACUGAAUUCGAUGACGAAAACGGAUCAAGAAGGGGAGUCAAAGCUUUUGGAAGAGAUCAGAGCUGUGACAGAGGCGGGACACUGUCUGCGUGAAAUGGAAUAGCAUGAAGUCAGAACAGGCUUAAAAACUAAAUUGGCAAGAGCGCCUUUGCUGGACUCUGCAGGCCGGUUGUGGAUCCCACGCGGCUCUUUUUUCCCCCCACCUGUGUAAAAAGCAAGAGCAGGUAACGGGGGUACUGUUACGUCUUGGAUGCGUCUAUUUUAAAAGAUCUCCGUGUAAAAGGCAUCGCGAUAAGAAGAAUCCUCGUUGUCAAAGCCAGCAUUUUCCCACCUUUAUUCCUUGACAUACUGACACAGAAUGGGGGUGGGGUGG